AUUGGUCUCAAAACAUGAUCCGGAUUUUGGCGCCAAUUAUUGAGAGUAAUUUAAUGUGUCAAUUGUUUCGUCUUUUUUUAGUAAUGAAAGUUUUUUAUGAUAUAAAACUAAGUAUGUAAACAAAACAUAGACGUUGAAUAUAAAUAAUACUUUCUUUUUGUUACUAGAAAAUGUAUUGAUAUGUUUUAUGGAAUCGACCAAUUACUAUACAGCGACUAUUCAACCAUGUAUUCAGCUGCAUGUGGCUUGAUAAUGAACAAAACAUAAUCAGCUGUUUUCUGUUUUCAUUGCGAAUGCGCAGUGCCGAAAGUAAAUAAACAUCACAAGAUGCACGCUUAUCUUUCGAAAAUAUUCAUAAACCGCAUGUACAUUUCAACAGUUAGCAGUAAUAGGUCUAAUGGCACGAAAUUGGGUAAUAAUUGGUGCUGCAGCCAAUGUAGUAGCAUUAUCGUGUGGCAUUCAGUACGAAAAUAUCAAAAAUUAUUUGAAGGGGAGCGAGUGCGAAGCAAAUGUGGUGGAAAGUCGUAGUACAAAACAUGUUUUGAAUACAUCACCACAGCUGCAACAUGACGAAGCAAUACAAAAAUCAACUGAAUUAGUUGAAAACUUUAGGACCGAGAUUGGUGUUCCAGGACUUGUGAUAGGCGUUAGUGUGAAUGGGAAACCUGCUUGGUUGCAAGGCUUCGGGCUGUCGGACGUGGAGAACGGGGUGAAGUGCCAUGCGGGCACAGUGAUGAGGAUCGCAAGCAUUAGCAAGAGCAUGACGAUGGCGGUGGUGGCCAAGCUGUGGGAGGACGGGCGGCUGGACCUCGACCGGCCGGUGCAGCAUUACGUCCCGCACUUCCCCGACAAGACCUUCAAGGGGGAGAAGGUGGCAGUCACGACCCGGCAACUGGUCAGUCACAUGGCCGGUAUCCGGCACUACUCCAACAACACUGACAACAACAACAACAACAACAACAACAAGUCGAACAAGGACAAGACGGAGAAGGCUGAGAACAAAAAUAAGGAAGAGAAGCCGCGGCCGACCUCAGACUCUGUGUACAAAGAGUUCCUGCUGAACCGAAGAUUCAGCGACGUCAAGGAGGCACUGACCUUGUUCAAGGAUGAUGAGUUGGUGUCCAAGCCAGGCAGUUCGUUCCUCUACACGACACACGGCUGGACGCUCAUCAGUGCUGUUGUAGAAGGAGUGACCAAAGAGCCAUUCCCAGUCACAAUGACACAGUUCUUCAAUGUUCUGGGUCUGAAAAACACCUACCUGGACUUCAAUGAGAGAAUAAUCUACAAUAGAGCAAGGUACUACACGAAGGGUAAGAACGGCCGCCUGCAGAACGCCCCGUGCGUGGACGUGUCGUACAAGUGGGCGGGAGGGGGCUUCUUGUCCAGCGUGGGGGAUUUGCUGAGGUUCGGCAACGCCAUGCUGUACUGCAGCCAGCAGGCGGGGGACUCUGUCCCCGGCUACCUGCGGCGGGAGACCGUCUCCGCCCUGUGGGAGGUGCACAGCCCCUCGCCCAUGCACUGGGGACGGGGCAGCAGCUAUGGCAUGGGCUGGGUGGUGGUGCCCGCACGCCACGAGUACGCUUGGUGCGACGAUCAGCGCCUGGCGGUAGGGCACUCUGGUGGGGCGGUGGGGGCCUCCAGCGUGCUGGUGGUGGUGCCGGCCCCGGAAAGCUGUGGCGCCCCGGCCGGUGUCAUCGUGGCCGUGUUGGUGAACCUCAGCGACGUGUCGCUGCACCGACUAGCUUUCCAGGUGGCCAACCUGUUCGCCGAGUAGCAUUGCAACGACAACGCCCACGUUUAUAUGGUAUGGACUCAAUCGCAGCUUUCUCUGUGGGAUGCUAUUUAACUUUGGGAAAGUUGGUCUGUAAGUAGAGUCCUUAUCAACUGUCCAGUACCAUCAAUGUGUUCACCUUAAUGCUAGUCUUGUACUAUGCAUAGUUUUACAUAUGUAUCUACGUAAGUUUUAGACAGUGGUUUCUGGUGAACGGUUGCAAAUCAUGCCACUAUUUUUUUUGGAACUUUCCAACUUGCUUUCCAGCUGAAGUAACUGCCAGCGGAAUGUAGCUUUGCAUUCAACUGCACACCUUGUGUGAAACAUUUUAUUCGGCACUUAACAAGCUGCCAUCAUGUAUUGUGUAAGUGGGAGUUUGUUGUAAAGACAUGUAUUGAUUUAAAAUUAAAAAAUAAUAAUCAAAGUUUUGGAAGGA